ACCAUCAUACGUGUUGGAGAAUAUGCGCUCUAUGUUGGCGUGCAUAUCCUGGCGGAUCCUGCGAGAGUUUCGUUCAGUGUGUGUCCGACGCGCUCUCCCGCUCCUGCUGCGUGUUUGUGUGUGUGUGUGUGUGCUCGCGUGGUGUUCGGUGUUGUUGAAAUUUCGAAAUUUUCGGAAUAUGUCGGUGCUACUUUGCAAUAACAAAUCGGAUGGCGCGCGCUCGAUUGGCCGAAAGUUUCGGCUCGGCACGUGUUCGGCGGGAAUUUGGGUCGGCGUGUGCGGGAUAGAUGGUAAAGUUUUGUUGAGGCGUCGCGGCGGCCCAGUAGCACCUUCGAUUUUCGCGUUUUCUAAAAAAUAA